CCAUCGCCCAACACCCUCAACACCUCUCCCCCAACUGACUCUCACCACUAAUAUCAAGCCUUUCCAAGUCUCGAUCUGUCGUAACAACUACGCCUAUUACUGCUCUUCGAACGUUCUCUUUUUCCCCCCCGUACCGCCCUUGCUGGGGUUCUCUCGCCUCUGGGCACCGCGUAUCGGUCGCACAUCGUACGUAGUUGGCGAUAGAUCCAGCUUCAUCUCACCUUCCAUCGUAGCUCUGUAUUCGUGGAUCCAGGUGGGAACCGGGGCAUAGAAAGUAGACCUGCGAUCUAUCUCCUGUUCACCUCGCAACCGUUGUAUUGACCCCCAACCCUCUCGCUGGUCGCAUUCGCCAUGUCUUCAGCUGUAGCAGAACUAGAAGCUGGCUUGCAAGCCAUGCUAUCAUUGAAACCUCCCGGUGUAUCGGGUUCUCGAAUUCAAAGUGUCACCGCGCUGUGCACUGCCAACAUCCAGUCCGAAUCAGUACUCAUCCAGAAGCUGUACACCCAUUUCAAAAAGGCCCCAGGAACCCACAAACUUGGCGUACUCUACGUCGUAGACUCUGUAACUCGGAAGUGGACCGAACAAGCAAAGACUGCGGGACAACCUAUAAACAGUUCUGCUCAGGAUGGUACUUUUGCUGCGGGCGUCCAUAGAGUAACGGAAUUGCUUCCUGUCCUGAUGAACGAUAUAAUCCAAGCGGCCCCUGAUGAUCAAAAGGAGAAGAUCAAGAAGCUCGUUGAUAUCUGGGAGAAAGGCCAGACCUUCCCCUUGCACAUGCUCACCUCAUUCAAAGAAAAGUUGAAUGCUCCGUCGCAAAAUCAAUCUACUACACCUCCAGGAAGUCCGCCAUCAGAUAUCCAAAGAACCCUGGGAUUGCAGCAGUCGAGCGCCCCCGCCGCUGCUGCCCCGGCCGCACCCAACACGUCGUCGAUAUUGGCAGCGCUGGCCAAUAUGGCCCGCCAGCAGAACGCCGCAGCCUCUGCCGCAACCCCCAGUGCCCAGAGCCAGAAUCAGGAUAGUUUGUACAAAGUGCCAAAUGCGCAGAAUAAUCCUGCCCAGCAGCUUCCAGCCAUGAAUCAGAGUCUGCCACUCCAGCCAACCCCACCGCCUGUAAACGUGCCAGCCCCAGGGGCAACCUUUGCAUCGCAGAUUCCAGGUGCGAAUGGUGGUGCUCAGAACUUUGCCAGUAAUCAACCCAAUCCCUACGCGGCUGCUCCGCCAAUGCUCCCGCCUACUACUCUCGACCCGGCUGUGCAGCAGCAGCUGGUGUUGAUAAAGACGCUCUCCGACGCUGGCAUCGCGCCUGAUCAGAUUGCCGGUGUCAUUGCGCGCCUGGGCAGCCAGGGCGGCGCGGCUGGAGGGCUUCUCGGAGCCGCGCAGUUCCCAGCUCAGAAUGCCAAUGCCAAUGCCAAUGCUCAGAAUGGGCCAAAUGGCUGGGGUGCCCGCCCCGACGAGUCACGUGACCGCAGCGGAUACCAUGAAGGCGCAAGAUCUCCUGGACGUUAUCGACGCCGUUCUCGUUCAGCCUCGCCGUCUCGUGCAUGGAACGCCCGUGAUUCUCCCGCUUCACGCCGUCGGGACGAGGCCGGGUAUGAUUAUGGUCGGGACUCUCCUGGUCGAAAUCGGGACGACCGUGGCCGAGGAGGUCGGGCCGGCCGCGGCAAUGAAUAUCGCCAGCGGAGCCCUCCCCGCCGCGGGCGUAGCCCAACUCCGCCAAGACCCCACGGCGGAGAGAAGUGGGUUGGCCACGAUGCUACGAUUCCCAAGGGUCACAUCAAAGUGCUCAGUCGUACGCUUUUCGUUGGCGGUGUCACGACUUCUGAACCGGAAUUGAGGAGCAUCUUUGAGCGCUACGGCCAGGUGCAGACUUGUAUUGUCAACAAGGAGAAGCGCCAUGCCUUUGUAAAAAUGAUUAGUCGUGCCGACGCGGUGUCGACAAAGGAUUCGAUGGAGAGAAACAGGACUCCCGACUCACAGCUGAGGACCAGAUGGGGCGUGGGAUUUGGUCCACGAGACUGCAGUGAUUACUCGACCGGCGUCAGCGUUAUCCCCAUCAGCAAGCUCACAGAUGCGGAUAAGAAGUGGAUGCUGACCGCCGAGUAUGGUGGUAGUGGAGGAAAGCCCAUCGAAUCAGGCAUGGUAGUCGAGGAGCCUGACAUUGAAAUCGGCCAGGGAGUCUCGUCCAAGGCCAUUAGUCGUCGCAUGCAGACUGAUAAGGGUGGCAACAAUGGGCCGAAGUCGAGUCGGGAUCGCGAUGAUGAUGACGGUCAUCGCCGUCGUGGAGGCCGAGAUGACCAUCGCGAUGAUGGGCGACGAAACGAUGAUCGAAACGACAGAUUCCCGUCAUCCAGUGCUCCACCAAGCAUGCCCCCGAUCCCCCCCUUCGGUAUUCCUGGAUUCCCCUUCCAAAUGCCAACGUUACCAAACGGCAUGCCAAUGUUUCCUCCUGGCUUCGUUCUCCCUGGCCAGCAGCAGUCGCAGCCUCAGCAGCCGCCCCCUCCAGGACACCGCACUUAGGAUCCUGUUCCGCGAUCGAAAGAUCUUGUAUCAACAUCCGGCCAUUCAUCUAGAUCACCUUGACUACUAACCUUUGCAUCAUGUCGCACCUUUGCCUUUUUCUUCUGUUUGGUGGCUGCAUGGCACUGGAGUUCUGGCGUCCAAGAUACCUCGCUUCUCUGGAAUCUCGAAUAAUCGAACAGAGGUGUUUCGAGUCAUGGUUUUCGGCCAACCUUGAGCAACCGCCUUUUAUCGGAGCACGCGACUCUGGUCUGGGACCAGGUACAUCAUCUUGCUUUUCUUAAAAGAAAUAGUUCCUUUCUCGUGGUCGUAUGGAAUGGCGAAAGACUAUGAACGAACAUAUCAAGACUACAGCGGAAAAAUGCUAUCCGCCAUCAUGUACUUAAAUUUGCUUCACUUCGGUGGCUAUUCAGUGAGCAAUUGGCCCGUG